AUGUCGAGCGGUUCGGAAGAUAGCGAGUUGGCGUUCUCGACGGCGGAGCCGACGACGUUCUCGUGGCGCGCCGAGUUCUCGCGAUGGAAGAAACGAGACGCGAAGGUGGUGAGUCAAACGUUUGAGUGCGGAGAUACACUCUUUCGGUUGGCGAUGUAUCCGUUCGGGAGUAAUUUGAACUCGAAAUCGGAGACGCCGGCGCAGGUGAGCUUGUUCUUGGACACGGGGGCGACAAAGCCGCGCCGAAUCGAGGACGACAUGAGUAGAGAGUGGAGAAGGCACGCGAAGUUCGAAUUGCAGCUGCUUCAUCCGACGGAUGCGUCGGUGGUAGAAUCGAAGGAAACGUCGCACACGUUCGACAGACGCGAAGCGGAUUGGGGGUUCGCGUCGUUCAUCACGCGCGAAGACGUUUUUGAAAAGGGCUACGUUGACGCCGAAGGCUGUGUGAAUUUCCGAGUGCAUGUGACGCCGAUUGAGGAGCACGAAGUCGACCGACCGAUGCAGAGUGCGUUUUAUAGCGAAUACGACUCGCGCAAAGAGACAGGGCUGAUCGGUCUGAAGAAUCAAGGGGCGACGUGUUACAUGAACUCGCUCUUGCAGACGCUCUAUCACAUUCCCUCCUUUCGUCGCGCGGUCUAUCACAUGCCUACGAACGAAACGGAAGAGGCGCACACAUCGAUGCCAUUAGCGUUACAAUCGGUGUUCUACUGUCUUCAGUACGCCAAAGAAGGCGACGUGAGCACGGAGGAUUUGACGCGAUCGUUUGGAUGGGACUCUUACGAUUCCUUCAUGCAACACGACGUACAGGAACUCAACCGUGUACUUCAGGAUAAGCUUGAAGAGGCCAUGAAACAAACGUGCGUCGAGGGCACGAUUCAGAAGCUCUUCGAAGGGCACACGACGAACUUCAUCGAGUGCAUCAACGUUGAUUACAAGAGCGAACGCAAGGAGGAGUUUCUCGAUCUUCAGUUAGACGUCAAGGGAUGCAAAGAUAUUUAUGCGUCCUUUGAUCGUUACACUGAGAUUGAAAAACUUGAUGGCGAGAACAAGUAUCGCGCCGAGGGACACGGAUUGCAAGACGCUCGCAAAGGCACGCUGUUCCACGACUUUCCUCCCGUGUUGCAGAUUCAGCUGAAGCGUUUUGAGUACGAUUACCAACGAGACACCAUGGUGAAGAUCCAUGAUAGAUAUGAGUUCCCCGAAGAGCUCGAUCUCGACGUGGGUGAUCGUAAGUACCUCGUUCCCGAGUCCGACAAGAGUGUUCGCAACAAGUAUAAGCUUCAUAGCGUCUUAGUACACAGCGGGGGGAUAAAUGGUGGACAUUAUUACGCGUUUGUCAAGCCCAAUUUGCAGGCGGAAGAUGCGCAGUGGUUCAAGUUUGAUGACGAACACGUGACGAAAGAAACCGCAGAAAAGUCGGUGGUGGAACAGUACGGAAGCGGCGGCGCAGCCGCGGUCGAUAGCGAUAUGGAUGCAGACGAUGACUCGACAAACGUCCGCGUGGCGCCGAACUUGCGGUUCCAAAAAGUGAGUAGCGCCUACAUGCUCGUGUACAUUCGAGAGGAUGACAUGGAUCAAAUCAUGUGCGUCGCCAAUAAGUCUCAUCUCACGGAAUACCUCCAGGCCCGCUUCGCUGAGGAGCAGAAGGCAAAGGAGAAAGAGGCGCAGGAAAAGAAGGAGGCGCAUCUGUACACCAUCAUCAAGGUUUUGACCAGGCAAGAUUUAGAGCGGCAGAUCGCUUCGGAGAAGUUUUUUGAUCUGGGCAAUUUUGAGAGCGCGCAAAGGUUCCGACUGCAUAAAAAGUCGACAUUUACAAAGUUUAGGGAGCUCGUUUCCGAGAAGCUCGGAAUACCAGCUGAGAGGCAGCGGUACUGGACUUACUCGCCACGACGCAACAAAACAUCUCGGCCAGCCACCGCGCUUCCAGACCACGCAAAUACCCCACCGACCUGGACGGUUGAAAAAACACGGCUGAAAUACACGGUGCCUAACUCACAGCAUGCUUCAUCAGGCGAAUUCAGACUCUACCUGGAAGAGCUUGACGAUGAUGCGUUCGCGAACAGUGACCCAGAAAGAGACAUUUGGUUGCACGUCAAGCUUUACAAUCCGCAUGAGGCGCGGUUGAGUUACUGUGGCACGCUUUACGCGAGUCCCGAGGAGACGCUCAGUACCUACAUGCCGAAGAUCAAAUCCAUGGCAGGGUUUGCCAGUACCGCGUCAACGCUCAUGUUUGAGGAAAUUGCGUUCGUUCGCGAAAGUAAGAUUCAAAUUGAUCAAUUAUCGGACAAACAAGUGAAAACAUAUCCGUUGAGCGACCCCGAUGACGGUAGCAAGACGUUGCAGCUCGGUAACGGUGAUAUCUUGCUUAUUCAACCAGAAAUCACUGAAGACAUGGAAGAUUCACUAAAGUUCCCCAACGUGGUUCAAUAUGCGGACUUCAGACACAAUCAUCAAAUCGUUCACUUCAGAGAGCUGGAGGCCCCUAAGGUGGACAAAGUGACUCUGGAGUUGACGAAAAUGAUGAGUUACGAUCAAGUCGCUGAUGUUUUGGCUUCGGCGAUCGGUUUGGACGAUCCUCUUCGAUUGCGCUUCACCGCGCAUCACGUGUACACGAACGGUCCAAAGAGUGCAAGCUUCCAAUUUAGAGGCGCGGAUACUUUGAUAAAAAUGCUGGAAAACCAGCAAAGCGACGUGCUCUAUUACGAAGUCUUAGACAUGCCGCUGCCCGAACUCCAGGAAUUGAAGACGCUAAAAGUUUUCUUCCAUGGACUGAACACAAAGCUCGUUGAAGAAUUCCAACUGCGUCUGUCGAAGAGCGCAGCGGUGAAGGAUGUCCUCGAAGAGGUCAGAUCUAGGCUCGGUACUCGAGUCGGCGGUCGCAAAUUACGUCUGCUUGAACUUUUCUACUCGCAAAUCUACAAAGUUUUCGAGGAGGAAAAGGAUAUCGCAGAUAUCAACGACCAAUAUUGGACGCUUCGUGCGGAGGAAGUUCCCGAUGACGAGUCAGAGGAAGACAGACUCUUGCGUGUGUACAACAUUUCCAAAGACUUGUCCAAUCCUAACCAGUUCUAUGCCUACGAUGAACCGAUGUUACUUCGCACGUGUGAAGGUGAGACGCUCGGGGAAGUGAAGGCUCGGAUCAAGACGAGGCUCGAAGCGACGGAUGAGGACUUCGCAAAAUGGAAGUUCUACAUCGGCCACCCGCCGCGGUAUGAAAUCUUGGACGACGACGAGUUGGUUAUAUCGAGUAAAUUGGUUCGCAUCGCCAAAGAGGGCUUUUGCGAAUCGACGCUGGGGAUCGAGCGCGAAGUUAGAGGUCCGCGAAGGCCGGCUAGCCGUCAGGGGAAGCCGGCUGGAUUUGAGCGAGCGAUCAAAAUCAUGUGA